CUGCAACUAGUUUUUCCAUCUGUUCCUACAUCCUUCAUGAAUUCUAUGUGAAUACUCCGCGCUCAACAAGACGGACAGUGACCUGCAUGCAAUGACCACUUCACUUUCUGCUUCUCCGUUCAGGCUCAACCGCCAAUCUGAGCUCGCGCGCGUUUCGUGGAGGCUCUUCUCGUCGGCGCCGCCAAUUGCUCCUCAAACCGACAUAGAGCCUCGAUUGAGAUCACUCUGCGAGAGGCCCAAUGCCCGGUUUGCGGAGGCCGCCUCGCUCCUCCACCUCGCAAUCGAUUCGGGUUCGCCUCCUUCCAGCUCGACCUGCAGCUACCUCGUCGAUGCCCUGGUAAAGUCCAAGAACUACGAUUUGGUGCUGGCGGUGUACGCGAAGAUGGCGAAUUUUGACAUUCCUCCAUAUUUCAAGACGCUGAGAGGUGUAGUGGAGUCUUUUGUAGACGCGGGUAGGCUGGGGCUUGCGUGCGGGGUGGUGGGGUUGAUUCUGAAGCGUGGGUAUAACGUGAAUGUGUUCGUUAUGAAUGUUAUAUUGAAUGGACUGUGUAGAAAAGGCGAGGUGCAGGGCGCAGUCGAGUUGUUUCGCAGAAUGGAAAUUAACGGUGUGAAGCCGGAUGCUUAUAGUUAUAAUACACUGGUGAAUGGACUGUGCAAGGCCAAGAAAGUUGAAGAAGCUCGGCUUUUGUUGGUUGAGAUGAAGAGGUUGAACUGUUGCCCGAAUUCGGUGACGUACGCCACUCUGAUGGAUGGUCUUUGUAAGGAAGGUAGACCGGAAGAGGCGUUGGAGAUAAUGGCGGAUAUGAGGGAGAAUGGUCUGGAUGCGGAUGUUUUCGUAUACGGAGCUCUUAUGAAUGGAUUCAUUCGAGUGGGGAAGUUUGAUCGAGGAAGAGAACUUUUCUACGAGAUGUUGGAGAAAGGGAUUUCUCCAAAUGUGGUCACUUUCGGUUGUUUAGUGCAUGGUCUUUCUAAGAUGGGUAAGUGGGAGGAAGCCAUAGACGUAUUAGAUGCUAUGGCAGAACGUGGGAGUUUUCCUGAUGUUUUUAUUUACACGAGUUUGAUUGAUAGCCUUUUCAAAGAGGGGAAAGUGAAAAAGGCUUUGGGGAUGUUUGAUUUAAUGGUAAAGAAAGGUCAGCAGCCAAGUUCCAUUACAUAUAAUGUCGUAAUUCAUGGAAUGUGCAAGGAAGGUCUGAUUAGAGAUGCUUUUGAAGUUUUUGAAACUAUGAGAACGAAAGGUGAAAAGCCUGAUGUCAAUACCUAUAAUUCACUGCUGAUGGGACUUUGCAAUAAGGGCAGGGUUGAUGAGGCAUUGCAUCUUUUCAAUCUUAUGGUGAAAGACAAGGACUAUGCCAAGCCGGAUAUCAUGACAUUUAACAUGAUAAUGCACGGACUUUGCAAAGAAGGACGUGUAGCUGAGGCCGAGAACAUAUAUAGGAAGAUGGUUGCAAGGGGGAGUAUUGGUAAUAUAGUUACUCUUAACACUUUGCUCGGUGGGUAUCUAAGUAAAGGAAAUAUAAAGCAGGCUAUGGAAGUCUGGAAAAGAAUCAUUGAGUUGGGAUUUGUGCCAAAUUCAAGCACUUAUAGCAUCAUGAUAAAUGCAUUUUGCAAAACAGGCAUGGUGAGCAUGGCAAAGGGACUAUUGAACAAAAUGAGAGCUUGCAAGCCUGGUCCUACCUUGUCUGACUGUAAUACAGUGCUGGGCCUUCUGUGCCAAGAGGAUCAGUUGGAGCAAGCAAGGGCGUUAUAUAAAGAUAUAAUAGAAAAUGGUGAACCAGAUCUGGUCACAUUCAAUACUAUGAUCGAUGUAACCUUCAAAGCAAGAGACUUUCAAGCUGCCAAAGAUUUACUCAAAGAAAUGCUUAACCUGGGCUUGGCUCCUGAUAUCUUCACCUUUUCUACACUGAUAAACAGGUUGUCAAAAGCUGGACUGCUGGAUGAAGCGAAAGAAAUCUAUGAUAGGAUGAUCUCUGUAGGCUAUGCAUCUGACUGUAUUGUGUAUGAUUCCUUGUUGAAAGGCUUUAGUUCAAAUGGUGACGCCAAAGGAGUCAUAAGUUUGCUGCAUCAGAUGUCUGAUUUGGAUGUUGUUCUAGACAAAAAAAUUAUAGCUACCGUUGUUUCUUGCCUAUGUCAGAAUUCAAGUAAUCUUGACGUCAAUGACCUACCAAAUUUUUCUGAAUCAAAAUCAAGUAUGGGCAUGACAUGCAAGGACCUUUUGUCCAAACUUGGCAAGUCUCACCCUGAUCUUCAAAUAAGCUCUGUAUAAAUCUUUGGCUCACUCAUACCGUACGUUGCUCCCAUAUUCUUUCCUAUGGGAUCAAUGAAAUGGUCUACUUCAGCCCAGUGCCAUGAGAAGUCUCUUUUUAAUGAAGAAGAGAAGAUUUGAUUGCUCCUCUUAAUCUUUCUUCUAUAAUGGGUUUUUCUCUAUUGUGGCACCUGAUGGCAUAGGGAUGAGAUGGAGAAUCUUUGUUGCUAAUGAAGAGGAGGCCUAAAGCACAUAUGGGUUGAUUAAUCUUGAUAUGAUGGGGAUGCAGAGCUGUUUUGAGAAUAGCUGUCAUCUUGCUGCAUCCGCUGCUAAAUUCUUCUGGAAAGAGAUUCUAAUGGGCCAUAGUUUCCUCAUAUAUUGAAGAAGUCCCGAUCUUUGGUUGUAUUACCAGUGGGGGCUGUACAGGACAGUUGAAACACUUCUCCAAAUUACUUGGAUAAGUGUCAGAUUGUAUAGUCAUGAAUCCCAUUCACACUUCAAGAUUGGUCCUUUAGAUUGUACCUGGUAAAUGUCAUAAAAGUUAGUACACCCCGCAGGAAGUCCCAACUGGGAUGGGAUGGACAUCAUCCUCAUCCAUGUGCAUGCCUAUGUGCCAACGCACUAAUUCACUGACUCAAGCUGAACGGGGUAGCAUGCAAGCUUGGGGGUUCUGGAAAUCUUCGUCUCAGUUGUUUCAGCAGAACUGGAACAAGAGCAUUGUGACAGAUGCUUGUGCAUCUGGGAAUGCAUUGAAGUGUGCACGUUUAUCAUGGGCAGACGGAAAAGGGUGUUAAACCCUCUUAUCUUUAUCUAGUAAGCUAUAAGGAAUCAAAGUGAUAACAAUAAACAAAUUCUUUAGGCGAUAUUUGAGUGCCCAGAAAGUGUCCUCAACUAAAGCCUUAGCAACAAGUCAACGGUGAACAGCAAACUGACAUCCCCUCCAUGAAACCAAGAACCGUGUCUUCCCGAGUUCAAACGUGCAUCCCACACUCCUCGCUCUUCAUAUACUCCAUCCAACCAACUCAUACCAACCUCCAAGGGCC